AUGCCCUACGCAGCGUCUCCAAAGCGCCGCGAACUACGAGCUGCGUUGCGCGCAGUCACAAACCAUGUUGCCAGUCUGGACGCCCAUGCAUUUGAUUCAUCUGAAGGAGAGGCGCAUCACAUCAAAAUCCUCCCCAUGGACUUGGAUGGAAAGGCCGCCCCCAGACCGACCUUUUUCACCCCGUAUCCUGCUUCUUUGCUGCUAAAUCCCGAUGACGACUAUGACCGGGAUCGGUCAGGGUUCUUGGAUUUUGACUCCCUCCCAGCAAUCCAUCGGAAGCCCAUCGACUGUGGCCGGAACAUGGAGGACCUUGGUGAUGCACCCUUCGUUGCACUGGAUCGGUAUACCUUUCCUGAAUACAUAACCGCGAAGGCUUAUCAAGUCAAGGACGGCCCAUAUCCGCAUGCAAAAGCUAUGAUCUACAACAAUCUGAACGGCGUGGAUGGUCGAGUACUUCAGGAGAAGUCAUGA